CACGAAACCGCCACAGCAUGAUGGUCCAGAAGAGCAGCUCAAUCCUACUGCUCGCGCACCUGUACUAGCUGCACAUCAACAAGUAUCGCCAACAGCUUCUGCAUGUUUCAACAAGAGUUCUAGUGCCUCCAACCUUCUCCAACAUGCUAAGCCUGUAGAUUCGAAGUCUAUGAAUAGUGCGUCCUCUCAGCCUUAUAGGAGUGGCACCAUGUCCCAGCCCCACUCGUCUAUGCAGUCUCAGUCUCAGACUUCAUCGCAGACUUCUAUUCAAGCUCAGCAACAGUUAUCCCGUGUCGGCCCAGCACACCGCAAAGCUUUGGAGGCCAUG